UGUCUAAUCGAAAAGAGGUGUUUGCUUAGUGCAGUGCGUCAUCAUACGUGCGCCCUCGUGACAAAUAGUGACUGCACCCGACAGCCCCUAGCAUCCUGCCAAGCCUAAAUAUUUGCCUAUUCCACUAGUAGACUAGCGUGAUUUAUCAUAUAUUAUUACAUUCCAUUUAACUUUUACAUUUCGUGUACGAGUGUGUAUUAAUCAAUACAGUUGAUUAAUAUUUAAUUGAUAUAUAUAUAUGGUAUUCCUCUAAACAAGCAAUUCGUCGUCUUCGUGGCCGUCGUGGUGUGUCCAUUCAUAUACGUUGAAUGAGCGAAUGCGUGUGCUUUGCUGUCGAAGUGACCUGACCGAUGAAGAUGCGAUUAAAAAGUGAUCGAGAAAUUAUGGAGAAUUCAAUGCUUGAGGAGGAUCCAAAUGGCAAUUCUGCGCUUGAACAGUCAUUCACCACAGAAGAUAAGUCCCCACGUUGGGGGCCGCAACACAAGGGUGCUCAAGAGCUUGCAAAUUUGUAUGGGCCAGGUAAACGCUUUCAGGAGAUAAUUUGCGUUUAUACAUGUAUUGCGCUUAUGAUAAUAGACCUCUUAUUGAUCCUGAAGCAUAUACAUUUUGAAAGACUGAGUGUGGCAUGUGUAUCGGCAUUGUGUGGUAUUAUAACUGCCGAUUUUGGAUCUGGUCUAGUACAUUGGGCUGCAGACACUUGGGGUAGCAUUGACUUACCAGUCAUUGGAAAGAACUUUUUGCGGCCUUUUCGUGAACAUCAUCUGGAUCCAACAUCUAUAACACGACAUGAUUUCAUCGAAACCAAUGGCGAUAACUUCAUGGUUAGCAUACCCAUAUUGGGAUUUUUAGCAUACAGCUUUAAUACUAAAUCACAUCAAGACAUUCAACAAGAUUUUGGCUGGAUUUCAUAUUUAUUUUUGUGUUCAAUAUUCGUGGCCAUGACAAAUCAGGUGAGUUGAUACUUAAGUGAUGUUGACAUUUGUUAUGUUUUCUCUG